AUGAAGACGAAGGACGAGGCUGAGAAGCCAAAAGUCAAGCACGCGGACGUCAAGCCGACAACGUCCAGAGCAGCGGCGGCAGCUAAUGAGGUGGCAAAGCGACACUUGAUCGUGGCUCUCAUUGACCGCAGUAACCCGCUGGGACAGAUGACGCAGGAGCGGUGGAAAGUUGUCGAAAUGAAGCUACUAGAAGCGCUCUUCUCGAGGAUGGACGCCGAUCCAAGCGAACCAAUGCCAACGUUUGAUGGAGCGGGGUGGCUUGGAGGCGUCAAAAUCCUUAAAUGCAAGGACGACCCGUCGUUGACAUGGGUGAAGAAAGCGGUGAGAACGCUUCCAAACCUGUGGAAGGAUGCGAAACUAGAGGUUGUGGAUAGAAGCAGCAUUCCGACGGUUCCCAAGGCGAAGGUUGUGAUACCUCGCGUAGUAAAACCGGAACAUGCACUUCGGCUGCUACAGCGACAAAAUCCGGACGUGCCGACCAGUGAUUGGAGAGUACUGAGCGUGGUUAAAACUGCAAACUCAGAAGGAGGCCAGAGCUACAUACUCCAAAUUAAUAAGGCGGCUGACGAUAUUUUAUAUGCCAGAUUCGGGAAAAUGGCGUGGGGAGUUGGAAGCGUGUUCCUCCGCCUCAAAAAGCGCCACCCAGCGGACGGCAAUGAAAACACGCUGGAGAAAGGUGAAGUCGAGAAAGAUCUUGGAAUUGAAGAGAUAAUGGCGACUUCACAAGUCUUGCAAGAGGUGGAGGGGUCACCUGCUCAGCAUUCUGAGGUUAAUGAACCAGGAGCUGGCGGUACUUCAGGUGAACCUCCACAGAAGUAA